AUUCGUCAUUUCUGUUCUGAACAUUUCGCUUCAAAAUGAACAAUAUCGCUUUGUUAUUAACUUUAGCAUUUGUGUCAACAGAUUCUGCUUCUUUAUUACAAUGCGUAACUGGAUGCUGGCGUAAUAAUGUCUUCUAUCAGAAUGGAGACCAAGUUCCUAGCCUUGAUUCAUGUAAUACUUGUUGGUGUACUAGAAAUUUAAUUGUCUGCACCAAAAUUUAUUGUCCUCCUGAAGCUCCAGAAGAAAGUCUUGAAAUUCCCGAAUUCCUUCCUGUAACUCCAGGAUGUACCCAAAAUGGAAUAAACUAUCAGGAUGGAGAUGAAGUUCCUAGCCUUGAUUCAUGUAAUACUUGUUUUUGUUUUGGAAGUGCGAUAGUUUGCACCUUAAUUUAUUGUCCCUA